AUGUCCGAAAAAUUCACCACACAUGAAAGUCUUCGGCAAAAGUCUGGUAGACGACUGGCAUUCAGAUUGUUGACCAGUUUUUCGACAGCAUUGCUACUGUUGCUCGUUUUUUUUCGUUUUGACAGCGUACAGUCGUGGAUGCUUGACCUUGAAUUUGGCUCGAAACGCAUUAAUACUGGAAUAUCGGUAGAAAACAUUCCACAAACUGCUUCCAUGGAUCAAUUGGCAGCUUUGGGACUUGAUACGAAAUCCGGUGUUAAAAUCAUACGGCUUGCCGAUGGAAAAACGAAAUCUCUGAAAGGAAGGUUUUUGCAUAUCACCGAUAUCCAUCCUGACCCUUUUUACAAGUCAGGAACAUCAGCUGAGGAGGUUUGUCAUCGGGGGAAACCUAAAGAUGCAUCAGACACCGCAACUCGUUUUGGAGUGGCCAUGAAUGGAUGUGACAGCUCCAUGGAUCUCAUGAACUACACUCUCGACUGGGUAGAGAAAAAUCUACGAGACAAAAUCGAUUUCGUGGUUUGGACAGGCGACAACAUCAGACACGACAAUGAUCGGCGUUUUCCAAGAACCGAGUCUCAAAUUUUCGAUCUCAACGCAAAAGUGGCUUCAAAAUUUGAAGACAUGUUUCGUAACAAGGAUAGCAUAAAUCCAAGAGAUUUCGACGUGACAGUUAUCCCCAGUUUGGGAAACAAUGACGUUUUCCCACACAACUUAUUUUCUUUGGGGCCCACACUACAAACUCGGGAGCUUAACAGCAUGUGGUCCAAUUUCAUACCGCAAGAACAGCAACGGUCUUUCGACAGGGGGACGUCUUACUUCGUUGAAGUGAUUCCUGGAAAAUUAGCUGUUUUGUCAAUUGAAACACUUUAUCUCUAUAAGGCAAAUCCUUUAGUUGAUACGUGCGAUUCCAAAAAAGAACCCGGUUAUCAACUCCUUUUAUGGCUAGGCUACGUGCUUGAAGAACUGCGCAGUAGAAAUAUGAAAGUGUGGCUAUCGGGCCACGUUCCGCCGUUACCUAAAAACUACGAUGGCAAUUGUUUCCACAAAUUCACAUUAUGGACUAAUGAAUAUCGUGACAUAAUAAUAGGAGGGCUUUAUGGACAUAUGAACAUCGAUCACUUCAUUCCUUUGGACGCCAAGAAGUCUUGGAAAGCAGUUGAAAAAUCUAGUGGAAAAUCUAUCAGGGCGAAUGGUGAGGAAUUUGAUGACGAAUAUGAAUCUGAUGAUGUACUAGAUGGUGCAGUCGAAGCAAGUGAUGCCAGAACUAUGGGCGCCAAGCCUGUUAACAAAGUUGCAUACAUUGACGGUGUACGUGAAGCUUACUACGAGAAGAUUGCUUCGAAAGCUGGCAGUUCGUUCUCAAUAGAAAGGAAGAAAAAGAAUCAUAAUAAAAAGCACAAGAAUCGGGAUAAAAGUAAGAAGCAAUACAAGGGCAAGGUCGAUCGCUACAGUAUUGUCAAUGUGGCGGGAUCCGUGAUACCGACGUUCAACCCGUCGUUCAGGGUUUGGGAAUACAAUAUUAGCGGAUUGGAAUCUGACUAUUCUGUCAGCGGGAUGCCGGCACAGGGUUGGCAAAAGUUUUUUGAUAAUCUUGAGGUUCAAAUCCUGCGAGAUUUGGAAGACGAAUCGAGCCUUUCAGGUUUGGCUAAUACCUUAUCGCGCAACCGUAAGGUCGACAAAACGAUUCCACCACGAAUGCCAGCGGAUUUACCACUAGGACCUGCAUAUGUGCCUCAGUUAUUCACACCAACACGAUUCGUCCAGUACUACGCAGAUCUCGAGGCCAUUGAGCGUAAAUACCAGAAAGAAGUUAAAAAGGGAGCCAGCGAAGAAGACGCUGCUGCCAAGGCCUUCGCAUACAAGGUCGAAUAUACUUCAGACGAUGCUCCAUACCCAAUGAAGUCACUGUUAACCGGCGAUUAUCUCGAUUUGGCUGUGCAGCUCGCAAACAACGAGACGUUUUGGUCCAAAUUCAAGGAGCGAGCGUUCCUUUCAACGGGCUACGACGAUUAA